GCAAAUGAAAUGGUGUCCACCAUCCAUGGGAGUGGCUCUAAAGAAAAUCGUAUAUUAUACAAAAGUGUUGAGUGCUGUUUAGUAAACAUUUUAAAAUACUCGAAAUAUUCUUUAAAAUAUAUUUGCAGUCAAUAUUCCAAAGAAGAAGACUAAAAUCAAUAAACAUAAAAACAAUAAUCAAAGGCUGAGCUCAGCCAAUUCAUCAACAGUAAAAAUAAUAAAGUUUUUAAACGCUGAAUCUUGUCGCUGGUUUGACAUGUAAAUAGAAAAAAAACAACAUAUUCAUGAAAUCAAACUUCAUAUAAAACAUCAAGAAUAAAAUAUUUUCAAAUUGAAAUCUGGUUUUAGUCGGAAACCAGAAUUCAUUGGCCAAGUUGAAAUCUACACAGAAGUACGCUAGGAAGUACGUUUGGCAGGUUAUCAAAGCGUAUCAGCCUCAAAUUAAAUUAGUGUUCAUUUUGAAUUGGAGCAUAUUUUUUACUGCUGCUGCUGCUUUUUCUAUUACAACUGGAAGAGACAAUUGGAUAACCGAAUUAACAGAAUCGUAUAAUACCAAAAUCGCUGGCCAAAUCUAUUUUUAGGCUGGUGUAGUUGGGGUUAUGGUAGUCUUAUUAAACGCAAAGAAGACUAACUACAAAAUGAUGGGUAGUACAGCGGUGCCACGUAACGCAUACCCAAACAUCUCGCCAUCAGUAUCAGCAACAAUUAAAGGGCCACAACGGGCUGUAAUGUCGAGUCCAGCUGCCAGUAACAUCACCGGUGCCCCGUAUAGAGGAACGAAUUGGACUCAGCACGGCUAUUCCAACGCGCAACAAGCAUACAGAUAUACUUCACCAUUACCGCAGCCGGCAUAUACAACAUACACGGCUUCUCAACAGGCAACACCGUAUGGUCCACGUGUUCCAACAGCAGCGUCUCCUAGCAAUACAAAUUCUAGUAGCUCCUCAAAUACUGGUUCCCAAAGCGGGACAAUAAGCACUAGUCUCAGUAACACAAAUACAAACACUACAAUGGGACCUAACGGAACGCCUCAAGUACAAGAGACAUUAUCAAAAACAAAUUUAUACAUUAGAGGUCUUCAACAAUGCACAACAGACAAGGAUUUAAUUAACAUGUGUCAACAGUAUGGAAACAUAACUUCAACAAAGGCAAUUCUAGAUAAACAAACGAAUAAAUGUAGAGGUUACGGAUUUGUUGAUUUUGAAUCACCUGCAUGUGCCGAAGGAGCUGUAAAAGGUCUUCAAUCGAAAGGAAUACAAGCUCAGAUGGCCAAAGUGGGUAUCUGGAUGCUACAUAGGCCGGCCAUUCAACAAGAACAGGACCCAACUAAUUUAUACAUAGCAAAUUUGCCUCCGUCAUUUAAGGAAACAGACUUAGAAAAUCUUCUUUCUAAAUAUGGACAAGUUAUUUCAACUAGAAUUUUGCGUGAUCAGCAAGGCCAGUCUAAAGAUAUAAAUAAAGGCGUAGGAUUCGCCCGCAUGGAAUCGCGUGAAAAAUGCGAGCAAAUAAUACAAAUAUUCAAUGGCACACAAUUGCCAGGUGCUAAAGAUCCAUUGCUUGUCAAAUUUGCUGAUGGUGGAUCAAAGAAGAAAAAUGCUUUCAAAAACCAAAACGAUCCCAAUACGCGAACUUGGCGCGAAGUGACUGAGACAAUGCAGGGAAUUCCAGUCGCAUAUGAUACAGCUCUUCCACAAAAUGGCGUUAAUAUGAACGUUGGAACUCCACUAAGCGUUCCUUAUACUCGAUUUGGCGCACAACCUGUUGGCAGCUAUGCCAUGCCCGGUUCACAAUGGGUAUCUGGCUACAUGAUGGCUCAACCAAUGGCACAAGUAGAUGAUCAAUAUAUGCAAAUGGCGCAACACCUAAGCGUGAGUCCAGCAUUUAAACCAGAGUCUGUAUCACAGGUUCAACCACGUGGUGUUUCAAUGAUAAUGAGCAGUGAAGCUGGUACUGUACCAUAUGGACACAUGGUGCCUCAAUUAGCUACACUACAGAUUAAUUCACCUUAUAUCAGUCCACCGUAUCCAUACUAUCCUCCAACUAUAAUACCAACAAUGCCAAUGACUGACACUGAACAAGCUAGUAACACUGCUUCUCCAGAUGAGGCAUACUCUCAAUAUCAACACCUUGGUGCUACCAAAUAAAGCAGAAAAUUUCAGCAUACAUCACACAUACCUCAUCAAAAUCGAUGCGAUUUUUUAAACAGGCUAUACCGAAAUGCAUUCAUCUCUUUUUGAAACCAAUUCGACUGAAAACUUUUUUCAUGAGAUAUGAAAAGAAACAUUUUAGGGACGAUAGUAGAAAUGAAGUCUUUGUGUUGCACAAACACAUAAAAUACAUUUGAAUAGUUAUUACUAAAAUGAUGGCAAAUACGGCUGAUGUAAGAACCAAGUGUUCACCCUUGUGGAAAUAUUUCGACUUCAUAGUCGACUAAAAAUUGACUUAUUUGGGACAAAAAUGGCUGAUAUUUCAGCCAGCUAAAGUUAACUAUAAGUGACUAUAUGCGUCACUUCGUGUAAUUUGAGUUGAGAAAUGUCGAUUGUGAUCAUAGUUAACUACGGUUAACUAUAAGUAUAUGAAAUUGACUUUUGUCAACUAUGUUGACUAUAAUCACUUUUAGUUAACUCUGAAACAAAACCGACUUUAUUCGAUUUCAAUCAUCUAUUGGUAAUUUUAACCGAAUAAAAGUGAUUAAAAUUGACUUAAUUUAUAGUCAGUCAGUCAUUUUUUUCCACAAGGGCAUCUACAAAAUAUCGACAGAAAUCGGAAUUCUAAUUAGUGGAAGUGAAGUAAUUUUCGGAAGAAGACUAAGAAUGAACAAAUCAUGUAUUUGUAUUUUGCAUAAAAUUAAAAACAAAAAAUAAACGAAAUGAAAAAAAAAAUAUAUUUGAAAAUGAGGAAGGAAAUAAAUUGACUAAGUGACACAUAUUGGAUAACUGUUAGUCGUUAUACAAAGAAAAAUAAUUUACUAAAGAUAGAAGUAAUGACUUUAUUUUAAUUUGCAGUUCCCCGUGUCGAUUUGCUGCACUUUAUGAAUACUUUAGUCCAAUACAUACAUUUGUAAUUAUGAUAUGAGAUCAAAAACUCCAUAUAUGGACAUAUGUUCGUUCUCAUCGUAGUUUACGUUCAUAAUCUUUCCAUUUUUUAUCAAAUUGGUGAGUUUUAUAUUCAAUAUUUAUGUACAGUUAUUUGAAAGUACAGAAGAUUUUCUUUGCAAGAGAUUGUUCUUCAAAGUUCUUUGCUUCGUAUGUUAAUAAUAAAUACAUUCAUCAAGGCUAAAUGUACAAUUCCAAUAGAAACAGUACGAAAAAUGCAAUGAACUCGCAAACAUUAUGAAUCGCCGUUCAUUAUCGCUAGAACGUAGCCAUUAUUUUGAUGAUGAAUAUUGCAUUCGUAAAAGGUAAAAAAUGAAUUAAACUUCACGAAUAAAAUGAAAUGGGACUGAAAACUCCUUGUUUAAAAGAUACAAACUAAUUAAAAGCAGAUGCUGAAAUAAAAACUAGAAUUAAAUUAGUUUAGGUUAUUAUAAAUAUAGUUCUAAAUUUAGCUAUCUAAAAAACUUUGUCUCUUCAAUAUUUCGAAACAUUUCAAUAAUCUUCGGUUUUCAUUUUCACAAAAUGUUAUGUGAUGCAUAGUCGUCACUCGAGUAAUUGUAAAAUAUUCCUUGAAUGUUUGGGGUUGUGUUCAACGUCACAAAUAACAGUUUUUUUUUCAACCAGUACUUGAUUCACAUAAUUUUUUCUAUUAUUGUCGAAUUUUCACAACUAAAGAAAGUAUUAUACUGUUUAUUGGUUAAAUUACAGUAAAACUCCUUUAGUCUUUUCAAAUGCUGCAUACCGAAACACAUAAUAUAUCAAUGAAAUAACAUUAUAACGUCAUUAAUUGAAUGAUGAACAAAUGUGUAGUUUUAGUUUGCAAAAUCCCGGUUUCGCUCAUAAUUUUAGUCAUUGUUUAUUUUAGUAAUAGCUCUUCUUUUUUUAUCGAAAUGAAGAAACGAAAUAUGUGAUGAAAAAGAGAAAAAUAUAAGAUAAAUGAGAAGCAACACUAAAAUACAGAAAAGAUUCGACAGAUAAAAUCCUAUAUAUUUAUUUAUUCCGUUUAGCAGAAACCUAGUUGGCAUUUACGGAAACCUAUUGGUUUAUGAGUUAAAGGAAAAAUAUUUGGCGUUACUUUACUCUCAUUCAAUUUCAGCACGAUAGAUCUAAACGUUCAAAUAAAAAGGUCAUCAUUGAAAAAAUAUGUGUGUUUCGAUAAAUUUAGAUUUUUAUUGACAUCUUUGUAAAACGUGAAUACAACAAUGGUGAAAUGAAAAUUUGUUUUCAAUUUUGAAUUUGAAAAUUUUAAGACAUUUCAUGUUCACAACGCGGUGCUGGAUAUUCAUUGAAUGACGUGUUGCGUUAGAUUUUCUACCGUUACAUAUAAAAUGGAAAAUGAAAGCAGAAGAGAAAAAAAAUGGAAAAACUUAUUCUAUCGAUGCUAUUUGCUUUUCGCGGGUCAUCGUAUAGUUUAGCCACUGUGUAUUGUAACUGAAGAAAGUUGAAAAUAAACAAAAAAAUAUGAAAGAAGAUGAGAUGUUUGAUACCGAGUCAAGAAUUAUAAACGACUUAUAAAAUACACAAUGUGUACACUACAUGCACAUUCCGGUACUAAUAGCCGAAUAGUGCAAGGCCAUCGGAAGGCCACAAUAUAGAAAUCGAUCACAGUAAAUAACUAAAAAAGUUAUAAAAAUAUUAUUUUUAAAAUCUUAAUUCUAUUGAUGUUGCUUCGGUUGCAUUUUAUUGAUUCGCAUUACAUUGAGAACGUUUCCAUCAAGCUCAAUCUCAUCGACCAAAAACUCGUUUAGGAAAUAGAAGUUGAAUAAGCCGUGAUCGUGCAAGUGAUGGAUUGAUAUCAAUUCCCUUCACUAGACAAUUACGUGAAACAAUGAAUUAUAUGCAUACAUUUAUAAUGAAUGUAAAUGAUGUUUUUGCUGCUACAAUGUCACGAUGCCAUACAAUGGUUGUUUUAAUCGCAGUUUGCAUCCAUUUAUUGGCGGCAUUUAGAUACCAUUUGAAAAACGUGAUGAUUUUUGGCCGUUUGGAUGUACGCUUUCAUUUUGAACUGCCUACUGUACUGCAUUUGCAUAUGUAUGCUGAAAAUGUGUAAUAUAAUUAAUUUGGUCGUCUCCCAUCUUCUGGCGUCCACGUUCCAAUCGGUGAUUUCCCAAUAUUGAGACGAUCACUCUUGGUAAUAUUGAUUGGUUAUGUACAUAGCACUGGCGCCACACUUCGACUCUUAGUACGUCAAAGCGCCUCAUUUUGCACAAUUCGCAAUCGUUUUUUCACUCCAAUCGGUGAAUUUUGUGCCAUUUGUUUACUUGGCCGCUAUGCUGUAACCAAUUUGUUUGUUCACAUCGAUUCAAUGUAUUUAUCAAGUUUGAGUCGUACGUAUUUUGGAUUCGAGCGUACAAGCAACAUCUUAUCCAUCUUAUCCAUCUCUGCCUGAUUCAAUGUGUCUUCUCACUCUGGCAUUUAUUGGAUAAACGAAUGUUUUCCAUGAAUCUCAAAUUAGCUGUAGCACAGACACAAUAGCUGAUUGAUCGAUUUUUGGUGUCAACACCUUCGUUUAUAAAUUGGAAAUAAAAUGACAUUUUCUUUGUCAGACUCAUGAUUUUGUUCAUAUAAAAUAUGCGAUUACAAUAUCUAUAUCAUGUCAUUUUAAUUAUUGUCUCGUCUACCAGCAUGUCUUGUACAGCAUCUAUAAGCCAUUCCAAUUUUGUCGACCGAAUUCCGGUAACACGGCAUUGGCCUUUCAUCAGUCGUUUGAUUGCAUUUUUGAUGCCUUAUGCAUCAGACACAACUCUCUCCAAAUGAUGAUUCCAUCCAUAAGCUCCUAUUUUCCAAUAAAAUGUCAGUCGUUGAGUAUAGCGUGAUGUUAACUUCCAUAUGUUUCGACAUAGUAAUUUAAUGCAUUUCCUAGAGUAGUUUUCUUGUUGGCCAGAUAAAUCAAGUUGGAAUCAAACGUCUAAAAUGAUCUGGAAGCAUAUUACCAAUAUUCUAAUUAAAAAUUAGCAAAAACACCCCUCGAAAACUCGUUUUCCAUUUUUUGAGAAAAACGCGUUGUCAAUCAUGAAUUAAUUUAAUAAACAGGACGCGAUAUCGAAUUGUUGAUACCAGACCAACUUUUAUAGUGCGAAAAUUCAAAUAUUUAUGAUCUCCACGUUGGCCCGAUGAACCACUUUUCCUUUCUAUUGCAAACACAAUUGUAAACUGAUCAACAGUCGAAUUCGAAGGAGAAAAAGAAUUUGGAAAUGGAUGCGGUGUGUGAUAUGGCCGUUGUUCCGCUUGUGUGGUUUUGCACGGGUUCUGUUUGCUGCUAUACACGCAUAAAUACAAAUGUUCGUACAACACGAAACACACAACACACAAUGUUAUUUGAAUUUUUAAAAAAUUAAAAUGAACCAAAUAAAAUGAUUCAUUCGCAUCGAUGUGUCUGUGCUGACUCAAAUAUAUUCUCUCUUCAUCAUUGUAUUCUGUUGAUGAUUCAAGUCCGUUCAACAAUUUUUAAUCCACCAUUAAAUAAUAUAAUUUAUUAAACUUAAAUAUUUAAAAGAUGAUUUGAAAGAUAAAAUGUGCAAACAUUAUUAAUUCCAUUUUUACCAUUCUUCCAAAAUAUGUUUUAUGUGUAAUUAAAAAAUCACUACCAAAACAUUUUCUAUCGACUGGUAAAGCAAAGUUAAUUCCUUUUCAUUUUACAAAAAACUCUUUAGUUCAUUGUUCAAUAUCAAAAAUUUCCAUUUGCUCCUGGUUUUCAUUUUGUGAAGAAAUGGUAAUAUUUUUUUUUUUCAAAUUAAACUAAAUUUAAUUAAAUGAAAAAAAAAAAUAAGUAGAAUACAAGCGCGAGAGAUAAAGUAAUAUAAGUGAAGGACAACAAAAAAUUGCUUUCGGCGUGCUUAAAACAAUGCAGUCAAAAUAAUUUAAGGAAAUGAAUUGAAAUAAGGAAAUAAGGAGAAAAAAUACGAAAACACUGUAAAAUUUAAGUUCUCAGACGUAGAUUUAGAUACUUCAAACAAUAAUAAGAUUUAAUAUUAAGUAAGCUGAUGUAAAAUGAAAAUGCGAAAAACAUGAAAAGGAUAUACUAAGUGUUGUUAAUGAAAUGGAACAUAGAUUCAAAAAUCAAUUUUGUUGAAUUGGGUGUCGACUAUUUGACAAUGUAUAUUCACAGGAUUGGAUUGAUUUAAAUUAUGAGUGAUGUUUAGGAAGUAGUAGGUAUGCAUCAUAAAUCUUAAAGGAUGAAUCUGCGAUGAUGUCAGGUAUAAAAAUUGUCUAUUAAAUUGGUUUGAAAGACACAUAUCGCAGACAUUUUAAAAAGAAUUUUUGCAUGUUGGAAAACUUUCGAAUGCAAACCUUUCAUAUAAUGCAAGACUUCAAAAAAUAGAAAACAUUUGCAUACAUCAUUUGUUUUGCAUUGUUUGAAAGGUGGUCAUAUCAAGUGCCACUUAAAAGAUUUAUAAAAAUCAAUGAUUCAGCAGAUAAAAAUGUUGUAAAACAAGCCAGAUUGAAAAUUCAUAAAAUGAAAUAGAUAAUGUUAGUUUGAUUCAUUUCUAUGUGAAAAAAUUUAACUGAAAUUGCCAAAGAAAAGACAUUGGCCACAUUUGAUCCAUCGAAUUAUCAAUAGCAUCACAAGGUAUGUGAAUAUAGAGAAAAUUCAUAAGCAUCAAUUCGAAAUCCAUCAAAUGCAAAUCCACUAUGGAUACUGGAGACACUGGUUUCGUGUCAUUAUGAAGAUAAAAAAAUAAAAAUGUCCGAAAAAAUAUGAAACAACAAAGAUUGGUAAGACGAAUUGAUGCACUUCAUCCAUCAAUCAUACUCAUUAACAGUAAUGGAUUUUUUUUUGAAAAGACGUGGUAAAUGUUCAAGAACAUUUGGAAGAAAUCCGAUUGCGAAGAAUGAUCUAAAGUUUUAAGUUAAAUUAAAUAAAUAAAAGAGAUUGAGAAAGUCAAACAAA